AGUAAGAAUGAUAGGUGACAAUACCGAUACCCUGAACUUUAAUCUAAGUAGUUUUUAAAAUUUUAGGAUGCGAAUAAAAACGAAGUAGUAUUUUUAUCAAAAAAAAACUAUUAUGAAUUUAUGUCGAAAGAGACUCAUAUGGAUCGAGAUUUAGAUCUCUCUAAUGCUAAUAGAGGUGUCUGGCUUGUCAAAGUCCCCAAAUAUGUUUCUGAACGAUGGGAAAAGGCCCCUGGAGAUAUGGAAGUUGGUAAACUUAAAAUUGCUAAACCCGUUGGACAAAAGGCACAAGUUUCCCUUACACUGUCUUCAGCUAUUCUCAACCUCAACGAACCUGGUCAGGAAAGUAUUCCCAAAGAUCACAGACUUGAUGUGUCCACAGUUACACAACAAACUUUGGGAGUAUUUUCACAUGUUAUACCUGUAAACACAGAUGCUGUUAUACCAGAAACAGAAAAAUUGUAUAUGGAAGGCAAGAUAGUACAAAAACUGGAAUGUAGACCAUAUGCAGACAAUUGUUACAUGAAACUAAAGUUAGAGUCAAUAAGAAAAGCUUCACUACCAGCAAGGCAAGUUAAACAAUUGGACAGAGUGGUGCAAACGUACAAACCUGUGUCUGAUCAUAAAAAUAAUAUUGAAUACAUGGAAAGAAAAAAAGCAGAAGGCAAAAAGGCUCGUGAUGAUAAGGAUGCAGUUCUUGAAAUGUUGUUUGCGGCAUUUGAGAAACAUCAGUAUUACAACAUAAAAGACUUAGUAAAAAUUACGAAACAACCUAUCACCUAUUUGAAAGAAAUAUUAAAAGAAGUCUGCAAUUAUAAUUUGAAGAAUCCUCAUAAGAAUAUGUGGGAACUCAAACCUGAAUAUAGGCAUUACAAACAAGAAGAAGAAAGCGAUACUAAAAAGAAUGACUCUGAUGAUGACUAAAUGCAAUUUCAAGUAUGCACAUUUUUGUAUUUAUUUAGAGUGAUUAUGCUUAAAGUAAUUUUAUCAAUCUAUUAUCCCCUCCAAUUAAAUAACAUUCAGGAUUGAUUCCAAAUUGUCUUUAAGUAUUCUGAUCUUAGUCUCUAACUAUAUCGGAGUUUUUUAAUACAAAAUAUAUUACAAAUUAUAUUUUAUGAGUUAUGAUGUGCCUUGCAAAAUUGUGCUUGGGUUCUUUGAAGAUGUAGUAUAACCCAAUUUUCACAUUUUGAAUAUUUAGCUCCAUUUGUUGAUAAAUGAGUUGAUUUAUUUAUCAUUUAAUGGUGCAAGUUUCCUUCAGUUAGCUUUCUAAAUUCUGAGUCAGUUGUCUUUAACAUGAAAUUAUAUCCAGAUAUGUAACAACCUUCUUAUUUUUUUUCAGCUCAAGGUAUUCUCUAAUCUGGUUUAAAAUCUUAUCUUGAGUAGCUUCAUUGCUCUGGAUGUAGUUUUCUACAUUUACCAGAACAUACUUAAUAUCACUCCAGUAACGAAUUUCUGAGUUGAGAUGUUUGAAACUAUUGCUUGCCCUUAGUAACUCAGGUUUAGAUAAAUUGGAUGUAUUCCUAUUGAAAAAGUAACUGAACAUAUUGUCUGUUUAAUUCACAAAUCUCGUAACUCUAUAGCAUUAAAUUUUACAGUAGACAUAAAAACUUAUUAAUGGAAAAAAUUGCUUGAAGAUUUGACCUGUUUUUAUAUUAAUAAAGGACAUAUAUCAUAUUUCAAUAAAAUAAUUGAAGGAAAAAGGUACAGGUUGAUUAACAAGGAUUGCAGUUAGCUUUAAACAAAAUAGGGGUUUUGAGUUGAUGUUCUCUAUUUCUACUUUUAAAUUGUAUAUUUUCUUGAGCCUUCACGAGUGUUUCUGUUAGAUGCGUUCAGAAAUUUUGUAUCUAAUGGUAUCAAAAUGUUGAUAAAAGAAAAAACAGAAUUACGUGGUUUGCGACCUAAGCUGACGAAUAUUUGUUCCAUAAUUCAUAAAUAGCUGACCAAAUAGUGGUAUUUAUAUUACUAGGGGAUGGGUAGUUAAUAAAUAAAUUUUAUGUAAAAAUUUUAGAUAGUAAAUAACCACAUUGAAUUCUUGUAUAUGGAUGAAUUUGAAACAUUGUUAAUAAAAAAUGUAAUUAAA